UUCACAUUAAUAUUGCUUUGCCUUUUACCUCAUUUAUAUGGGACAUGCAUUAUGCACGUUUCUUUUAAUUUGCAGGACAGCAUUGGAUGACAUCACAUUUUCAUAACAGCAAGUUAAAACAGACAAAUAAAACAAUGCUGUGAUGAAAUGUCGACAUUUGACUGGCUACUAUACGCGCGUGCGAAAUAUUUUGCCUCUCAAACAAAUUAGCCUAAAAAUAAAAAGAAUAUCCUACAAACAAUGUUAUCCUAAUUCUUAGCGUCACAUGGAUAAUACGACAUUAGUUUGUUUCGGAUGUUUUACAGUCAGGCAGGAAUUGUUUUUAGUGAUCCACCGCUGUAGCCUAUUGUUUGUGAUGAUAACACAGCGGUGCCUGUCUAAAAAUAGUCCUACAAUCAUUAUUGGACUGUAGAAAUGCGGAUAACUCUUCACCUUGUGGUAUUUCGUUUCUUUAUUUGUGAGUUUUAGUGUGUUUGAUAUGAGACAAACAGCUGGCUAAACAAAACAGCAUGUCCACGCAAUAGCACUCCACGUGCGCGCUGCGAUCUGCUCUGCGCACCUGGCAGUUUUUGCGCGACGCUGGUAAGCACUUUUCUGUUCUUUUGUCUUUUGCAUCCAAGCAUUCAUAAAGAUACGACACAUUAAUAUAUAGCCUACUGCUUCGUCAUAUUAACCUGCGUGUUGUAUAAACAGGUCUAGCGCUCUUAUGUGGCAUGAACUCGACACACAUUACACACGCAUUUCCAAAUGCGCGGCCUGUAUAUAGCGUAGAUUUGGUGAUUAGUUGGCAAAUAACGUUUAAGUGUAAUCGAAGUUACAAAGCAUAUAAAAGCUACAAGUCAUGUUGUAGGCUACAUGGUGUAAAUACACGCAUCUCACUCACUCAACCUGUAUAAUCUUGCAGAUUCUCAGUGAACUCGCAUCUGUGUGCAUCUAUUCCCGUUUGCCAUUGCUGGAGUGUACGUUAUAGUUGUUUCUCAGAGCUUAUGUUCGUAUGCGAAUAGUUGUGAUAUAACUUUACAGUAACCAUAUAUUUCGUGUUUUCAUUAUCUUUCGUGAAGACCAUAUGCAAAGUUGCUACAGUACUUUUAAGUUAAAGCAUGCAUCAUUGUAUCAUGCACUCAUUACACUCAUUGUUGCUACUUAAACAAGCAAUAUAUGUGCAGUGAAUAUGCAUUUCUUAAUUGUUAAAUGUUUUGUUGUCUGUGGAUUCUCUAUACAUAAAAGAGAGAAUGAAAGAGUUCAGUUUUGGAGAAUGUUUAUUGUCCUUAGAGAAGGAGUAGUUCGGAGAGGUCUGUGUGUAUGAUCAUGACAAAGAGGCUUUUCAUACUGAUACAAACCAUUGCUUCAACACUAAUCCAUUUCGAAUCAGAACAUCUAUCCCUGUUAGCCAUUAACCCUUAAUAUAUAUUUUUUAAUUUAGCUAAAAAGAGCCAUUACAGCUUAUUCAUUUACUGUUGCAAACACGUCUCUUAUUUGGACACAUACCCAGCCAUUUUAGAGGCUUCGUUCCCAACUCCGGUCCUGCAUGUGCCAUGGAUGACUCGUAUUUAAAUGACCCAUUUUCAUAAAUUUGGUUUAAUCCAACACUCACUAUUUUAUUUUAAGCUAAAUUUAAAUAAAAUAUCAUCCACAAAUAGUUUUUAUCUAUUGUAACCAAAGGCAAUGCUUGGCAGCUGGCCUCUUUGGAGACACUUUGCGCUCUCAGCUGCCUCCAGAAUGACAGUUGGUUCUCUGUAUCAGACUGUCUGGCUGUUGGAAGGCUGGAAUAUUUGAAUGUCACUAGGGGAGGUCAUCUGUGGCUUGAGGAGGGGGCUGGUCAAUAGGGCUUCAUAAAUGCCACUGCAAUGGAGCAAGUGAAGACUUGCAUUCAAAUGGUGUCUACAGGGCCCUUUUGGAUGCACAAGGGGUCUCUGUAAACCAGCAAAAUGGCAUAGUCCAAUCUGAACACCCCUCCAUAUUGAGCCUAAAUGGUAGAGACUCUAUUGCAAAGAUUGCUGGGAAGAAGAAGUGCAGUCGGGUUUGGGACUUUGGAGAGGGUGGUAGCAAUCUAAAAAGGUACUUGCAAAGAAAAAUCGAGAUCUCCUUUAGGGAUAUUAAUCCUUCCAUUGCAACGUAAAAAUUCUCAUCGAGACUUCUUCCUCCAGACGCAAUGGCUGACAAUGAGAUAUUUGAUGACCCAGAGAAGCUGAAGAGAGGUCUUAUAAAGGUUCUAGAAUGCGUGGCCACCAUUUCAUCAGCCGCAGCGGUGGUCAAUCCCAUCUUCGGCGUGGCCGGGUCUCUCAUCCGUGUGGUGCUGCACCACGUGGACGAUGAAGAUCUCCAGAUACUCAAACGUGAGUUCCGAAGCGUGAAUCGAGCCCUGGAAGAUAUUUCACUCCAGAACCGUCAAACCUUGCAGCAGAUCAGGAAGGAGACGAUUGACAAACAGUACGGCCAGAUCGAAGAAAACCUUCGCAACCAGUUCCGCAAAUUCAUGGAGAUCGUGGAAGCCAAGCCCGAGCACCUGCAGCGCAAGAAGGACGAUUUUGUAGAGAGUUACAUGAACGACAACGAAGACCAAAACAUGCACACGCUUUGCGAUGGCGUGAUGGGGAAACGCAAACUCUUCAGCCGGCCCAUUCUAGAAGUGUACUUGAAGCAUUCUGAGGGUGACCGGAGCGUCAUGGAGAACCUCUGCACCCGACUCGCCUACCUGUUCUGCAUUGGUUUCAUCGCGAUGAUGGGCUACUAUGCCUUCAUAGAAGAUGAUGUGGAGGCUCGGAAUGAGGAGUGGGAAGAGAAGAUGAAAAACGUGCAGGAGAAGAUGCAGGAGGCGCUGAGGAGGUGCAAUUGAUUUAUUACGCACAACCAAUGCCUUAAACAACCUCUUGGUUGCCUUCUUGUAUGCAUGUCUUGCUUUCCGUUUCCACUUUAACAGACCUUUUCACCAUCAACCCGAAGCAUCUAAUGCAGUCCUUGAUGACUGCAGGUUUUGCUGACAUACGCUGUAUGCAUAGUGAUGGGGCUUUUUUUCUGUAAUCUGCUUUUUCCAAUCACAGGUUUAUGCUGGCUCAGUUUAACAUUAUAAGACAAAAUGUAUCACGCUAUUAAAAGAUAAACUACUGUACAGUAUAACCUACAGCAAAGAUAAACCGCAUAAGUGAGAUGCACACAGUAAACUCACUCAUGUGUCACAUAAACAUUGUAUUAAAGUCAGCUUUACACAAAUAUUUUAUAUAUAAAGUUAUAAAAAUGGAAGAAAGUCUGUCUAUCUGUUUGUCUGUGAAUGCAUAUUGUGGUUGUUUUUAUUUUAAUGAAAGGAUAUUUUUGUUUUGUUUUUGUAUUUUUGCCAGUAAAUGGCACAUAAUAGAUGCGCUUAAUUUUUUCCUGUAGGGUUACAAAGUUUCUGACAGUACAGUAUAUUGUAAGAACAGAGAUCUACACUGAAGGUGUUUCCUUUAGCGUUUCUUUAAACCUUUCAUUUCUGAAGCAUGAUAAAAGAGACCGUGAAGUGCAGCUCGGUGUCUAACAAGUCUGAAGUUCAUCUGGAUCAUCAUGUUUGUUGCACAUUUAUUUAACCAUAAAUCAAUAAAUGCAUAUGUAUAGCAUGCUAUAUAUAGCAUAAGAUUCUGCGUUCAUGUGCUUUUUGAAUGUCAAAAGAGUACCUUUCCAGAUGUUCUCUUGUAAUUUAUCUUUAGGAAUGUUUUUGUCAUAUACAGUACUCAUAAUCUCUGUAAAAUGCUGUUACAGUUUUCAAUAAAUAUCCACGAUAUAAA